AUGCCAUACAAAGCUGAGCACAAGAACCCAAAAGGUCCCGGGGAUGGCCGUCCCACUGCUGCCGAUAUCAUCAGAGAUGAAGGCCUCCUGGGCAAGCUAACAGGCAAAACAAUCCUGAUCACAGGGGGCUCAAGUGGUCUGGGUCUCGAGGCUGCUCGUGCGUUACAAACAACAGGAGCCAAAGUCUUCAUUACCUCGCGUGAGGAAGCUAAAGGCAGGAAAGCUGUUGAGAGCAUCAGUACCACUGAAGGUGUACCUAUCGACGUGAUUGGAAUGGAGCUGGACUCCUUCGAUUCGAUAAGAAGUGGCGUUUCCGAUUUCUUACACAAGGCGCGCGGCCUGGACGUUCUCAUUUGCAACGGUGGGGUUAUGAUGUGUCCGGAGGGCCGGACCAAAGACGGCUUUGAGACACAGUUCGGUGUCAAUUAUUUGAGCCAUUUCCUGUUGUUUCAGGGGGGCCAGGUCCGUCUCAACGACUACAACUUCGACAAGGAGAAGUACGAUGCUGGACAGGCAUACGGCCAGUCCAAGACAGCAGAGAUAUAUCUCGCCAGUGAGAUUGAACGCCGAUGCGGUGGCGAAGGGAUCCAUGGCUUUAGCGUUCAUCCGGGACUUAUACAGACGCCUCUGCUACGCCAUAUCAAAGACGAUCCCAUGGGUCAGGGAUUUAUCAACACCCCAGAGGCAAAAGGCCUCUGGAAGUCGCCCGAGCAGGGUGCUGCCACAGAAGUCUGGGCUGCCGUAGGGCAUGGUUUGAACGACUUGGGGGGAAAGUACCUGGAAGAUUGUGGUGAGGCCAAGCCAUUCGAUCCAAAGUCCAAGAUUCCGGGUCAUGCGCCAGGCUAUGCACCUUACGCGUAUGACUCUGAUGCUGCCAAGAAGCUGUGGGAGGAUUCACUGGCAAUGACUGCCCAGACAUAG